UGAACAACAAACGACUAAGCCAAUCAACCCCAGUCAACCCCGGCCCCCGGCCAAGACCUGCAACACAGCAACGAACAUCUCGUCUCGUCUUCCUUUCACCUCCAUCCCCUCCUCCCCUUCCGCGCCCCCAAUAACAUCCCCUUACGCCUCUUGUUCUACGGAUCUCCCCCAUCCAACCUCUUUUGACCGUUUACACUUGAUACGGAUUCUCUACCAUCAUGAGGGGCGAAAUCUGCCAUCUACACAUCGGUCAGGCCGGAACCCAGCUGGGUAACAGCGCUUGGGAGUUGUACCUUUUGGAGCACGGCUUGAAACAGGACGGUCGCCCCGAUACCGAAAAGGUCCGUGGGGAGGGCCAGGACAAUGGGUCGUACGAGACAUUCUUCACUGAGACUGGCAAUGGAAAAUACGUUCCGCGAUCGAUCUUUGUCGACUUGGACCCGUCGCCCAUUGACGAGAUCCGAACUGGCUCCUACCGACAGCUGUUCCACCCUGAGUUGCUGAUCAGUGGUAAAGAGGAUGCUGCCAACAACUAUGCCAGGGGUCACUACACUAUCGGAAAAGAGCUUGCCGACAGCGUUAUCGAUCGCAUUCGCCGUGUCGCAGACAACUGCUCCAGUUUGCAGGGCUUCCUGAUCUUCCACUCCUUUGGCGGUGGUACUGGUUCUGGUUUUGGUGCACUUCUCUUGGAGCGCCUUUCCACCGAUUACGCGAAGAAGUGCAAGCUUGAGUUCGCGGUCUACCCUGCCCCCCGAGUUAGCACUGCUAUCGUCGAGCCCUACAACGCCGUUCUCGCUACCCACAGCACCAUCGAGAACUCCGACUGUACCUUCUUGGUCGACAACGAGGCCGUCUACGAUAUCUGCCGACGCAACUUGGAUAUCGCCCGUCCUUCAUACGAGCAUCUCAACCAGUUGAUCGCUCAGGUCGUCUCUUCGAUCACGUCGUCGCUGCGCUUCGACGGUGCCCUCAACGUUGACUUGAACGAGUUCCAGACCAACCUGGUUCCCUACCCUAGAAUCCACUACCCGCUCAUCAGUUAUGCGCCAGUCAUCUCUGCGGCCAAGAGCUCACACGAGUCCCACAAGGUCUCGGAGUUGACCUUCCAGUGCUUUGAGCCUAACAACCAGAUGGUGGUGUGUGAUCCCCGUGCUGGUCGUUACAUGGCCGUGGCCCUUCUCUACCGUGGAGAUGUCGUCCCCCGCGACUGCACUGCCGCGAUCGCCACACUCAAGGCCCGCUCCACUUUCAACCUUGUCGAUUGGUGCCCGACCGGAUUCAAGCUCGGAAUCAACUACCAGAAACCCGCACACGUUCCCGGAGGAGAACUCGCAUCCGUCGACCGUUCGGUCAGUAUGCUUUCCAACACCACUGCCAUCGCCGAGGCCUGGGCGCGUCUCGACCACAAGUUCGACCUCAUGUACUCCAAGCGCGCGUUCGUGCACUGGUACGUCGGUGAGGGUAUGGAGGAGGGAGAGUUCUCAGAGGCCCGAGAGGAUUUGGCUGCGCUCGAGAAGGAUUACGAAGAGGUUGCCAGCGACUCUGUUGCUGAGGAGGAGCCAGAAUACUAGAUUAUUCGUCAAAACUACUCUGCAACCGUAACCUGGUUUAUCGCUGUUCUGUUCUGUUCUGCUGGCGUGGUGUACUUUCUCCUUACUCCGUGUAAUGUAAUUCAGCACUGCAGUGCAUAGCGUUGUUACUCUCUUCAACGGAGCUGGCGAGGAAGGAAAUUGUCGAUUUGGUUACCAUAUCAGUGGACUCGGAGAGUGUGAUAUCGUGUGUCCUGGCAUCUCAAAGGCCAUCUUUGAGAAGCCAAAGCACUGUACCUAUUGUCAGUCUAUGAAGGUAUAGGCGUCACCCAC